AUGCCCUCUUCUCCAUGGACUUUCAUGGAGACCAAGUACCCACAUGUUGACACAAUGAAGGCCCUUGGAAUCUUUGAAGAUGUGGAGCUAGUUCUCAAGAACAUGCACUUGGCCAAGCUCUUCUCUUAUCACAUGGAAUCCUACAAGGAGCUCACUUGCGAGUUCUUAGCUUCAAUGAGGUACCACAUGUAUGAAGAGGAAGAUAGAGCUGAUUUGGACCAAGGAUUGGGAUGGAUCACGUUCUUGGCUAAGGGAGAGAAGAGAAUGGUGACCUUUAGGCAGUUGGAGAUCUUGUUUGGGUUCAACUAUGGAGAAGGUACCAAGUGGAACUUCAAGGAGAAGGAACUCCAAAGGGUUUGGGCUACAAUCGCUGAUGGAGUGUACUCUUCCUCAAGGUCCAAGGCAGCUCAAGAUCAGGAGCCCAGAGUUGGAUGGGAGUUCCAAUUCAAGUUCACACAUCCAUUGGUUGGCCCUCCAAGCUUCUCCUGCCCUAACCCAGAGCUCACCACAGGGGUGAGAACAUUGACUUCAGACCCCCUGUUCCAGGAGAGUGCGGAUUUGGGUGAGCCUGAGUGCUAUUACUUUGAGGAGUAUGAGGCUCCAAGGAUGAACCCCUCUGUUGUGGCUGCCCACAAGAGGAUUGGACUUCUCCAAAAGUUCAACAAAUGGCAAGGGAAAGCCAUUGAAAGAUGCAAAAGUCCAUGGACAAGAUGGUGA